AUGGUGGUGCAGUUGGUUUGCUGCCAUUCUCAAAUUCUGGGAGAAGAAAGCUUCAGCUUUCCAAGGUCUACAAUUGAGGCAUUUGGUCUAAUUCCAUCAUCAACAGAUAUCGUAACUGGCUCCUUAUCUCCAGUUUUGGGGUCAACAAUCUUUUUCAACAAAAAUAUAAAUCAGCAGAAAAGAAAGGAUAAUUCAAAGAUGCAGUCGCAGCAACCGCCUUUCUAUCAGCCUGAUCUUGCUCCUGCCUUGCGACACCAAAACGACUGGCAACAUUUUCUGAGGGUAUGGAGAUAUACAUGCGGUCAAUCUGAGAGAGAUGAUAUUCAUUAUGAUAUUGGUAAAAUGUAG